AUGCAGGUCCAUGGGAUACUCCUGGUUGUUCCAAAGCACCUGCACCAGAUGCUUCUAACGUUCCACUCCCAGACUUUGACGUGUUUCGAACGUCUUCCUUUUCGAGCUUCGGUAGCGAAACAAUGGCAAAGUUGGAUUCACUAUGGAGUCAAAGAUCACACAAUUUGUAUGAUCUUUGGGAGGAACAGAAGAACAACCCUCGUAACACGAACUCUAAUCAUUCGGCUUUUGUUCAAAAUGAGGUACCGGCAGUGCAGCAGAAACCUCCUAGCGGAUUUUCGCUUAUUGGAGGUAUUUCUCAAGCACUUGACAAUGCCUCGCAAACAAAUGCUUACAUACAACAAAGGUCGCCAGUUCUACCUGCUAUGCCUCGUGGAUCUACGGUAA